AUGAGAAUUGGGAUGUGCAGUCCGGCUGUCAGGGAUAAUCGCUGCGAGAUCACUAUCACACCGGUGCUCGCGGACCCAAGGGCUGACCUCGAUCUGUACAAAAAAACGGAUGCAACAGACGAGAAGUGCUACUCGGGACCGGAUUCCGAUGCGAAGGUGCAGCUCGAAAUGUCGAAAUUGCUCUUCACCAAGAAGGGAAUCAAGUUCACCGAUGAUCCGGAAAUGGGGAUCCUCGACGACGAAAACGCCAGAAUCCAGUCGAUCGAGGCUGCGAUAAGGGAUUCGAACAUUAUAAACGAGGACGCUGCUGAAAAAGACAACGGGGAGGACGGAGGAAUUGAGGAGUCGGAUUACGAUAAAAGCGAGGAUGAGGACGACAGUCGGGAUGACGAGAAGACUGCGGUUGGACCCAAGCCCAAGGAUUCGCCUGCCAAGCCCAAGACCCCCACGAAGACCAGCAGCCCCUCGAGGCCGGUCGUAAAGAGCAAGUUCCAGGAGCUAAAGGAGAAGAACGCGGCGAAGACGGCCAGAUCCGCUUCCGUACCCCUGAGCGCGAACGCCUCAAAGCAGUGGAUGGGCACUUACAUAGUCGGUAGCAAGAACAUAGGCUCAAACGCGAAUAAGCCCAAAUGGACCCGCGAGGAUUUGGAUAAGAUCCCCCCGGCAUGCGCAACGAAAUUACCAAUAAUAAUCGUAAACGAGACCCGCCACAACAAGCUGGACGUCGCUAGGCCUUACUCUGAAAUGGGACCCGAAGGUACAACCGUCGCCACUAUUUAUUUGAUGCUCCCGAAUUUAGAUUUGUUUGCGAUCAAAAUCGGAUCUGGCAAGGCACGCGUAAACGAAAAGCUACAAAAGGGUAAAUGCUAUCCCGAAGUCGUAUAUUUUGAUGCUGAAAACGACUGGAUUGUAAACCAGUGGACCGUUAUGAAUAUGCUGAUGGAGCCCGUGGACGAGAAGAUCCUGAAUAGGCCCACGCGUAUAAUCAACGGCAGGCCCGAACGCAAGAUCGGAGAGUCCUUCGCCAGGUUCGGUUUGCCCACGUUUUUACAGCGUCAGGCAACUGCGGUUAGCUAA